AUGUCCACAUACAAUCACCACAUCGCCCUUCUAGGCGGUGGCACAAUCGGUCUCUCAAUGGCAGUCCUUCACCUCCGUCGCCCAGACACAAAAGUCACUCUCUACGAUCCACGUCCCGACAUCGAAGCUCAAGUCCGCGAAAUCCUCCCCGUAUUCCUCGAUACCAAUACUAAUACGAAUACAAACACAAUCGACAACCUACUCUCUACAAACCGCCUAACACUCACAAAAUCAAUCCAACAAGCCGUUCAAUCCGCAACAAUCAUCCAAGAACAAUCUCCCGAAGUAACAGCCUCCAAACAGGCUCUUUGGAAGGAAGUUUCACGUUUUGCCUCCCCCUCUGCAAAACUAUGGAGUAGUUCCUCUGGUAUUGCGGCCUCGGCUCAGGGUGCGCUUUGUGAUGUUGAUAUUAGGGAGAGGCUUAUUGUUGCGCAUCCGUUUAAUCCGCCGCAUUUAAUGCCUCUUCUUGAAGUUGUUCCUGGACCAGAGACAUUAUUAGAGGAAGUGGAGUAUGUUCAGCGGUAUUUUAAGGAGGUUCCUGGUCCUGGUCCAAAGAAGGGAAGUGUAUCUGGAAAUGACAAUGAGAAUGCUGGUUCAUCUACAGGACAGUACUACCGACCUGUUGUCUUGCAUAAAGAAGUACCUGGAUUCGUGGGGAAUAGACUUGCCUUUGCAUUAUUACGAGAGGCAUGUUAUCUUGUUGGGGAAGGAGUGAUUUCCGUUCGAGAUCUGGAUGAGUUGAUGAUGGCUUCUUUGGGGCCGAGGUGGGCGGGUAGUGGGCUUUUUGAGAGUUACCAUGCUGGUGGUGGGGAGGGGGGUAUUGGAGCGUUUUUAAAGAAGUUGGCGCCUACUAUGAGUGUUGUUUGGGGUGAAUUGGGACAAGUAGAUGUUUCGGUUGAUGGGGAUGGUGGCCCUGCUGAGGGGUGGAGGGGGACUGUUGUGCAGCAGGCGGAGGAGGCGUAUGGCCCUUCUAGUUCGGUGGAGUCGAAACAGAGGACACAGGCGAUGUUGAGGGGGGUUAUCCAGUUGCAAAAGGAAUCGGGGAAGUGA